CUUUCUCACAAUCUCACCCCACCCCUCUUUUCUCUCUCUAAACCUAUUCCAAAAACCCUUACUUUCUCUCUCUAAAAAAAAUUUUAAAAAAAAAUCCAAAAAACCAAAAAUGUCUCAGCAAGCAGUCAAUGUACUCACCAGAAUAGCCCAAGCCGCCUUCGGUUUAGGCGCGAUCGGCGCCGCCGCGAGCUCAACUCUCUACACCGUCGACGGCGGCCAACGCGCCGUUCUGUUUGACCGUUUCCGCGGUGUUCUCGACGAAACCGUCGGCGAAGGUACUCACUUUUUAAUCCCGUGGCUACAAACUCCAUAUAUAUUUGAUAUCCGUACAAGACCUAGUCAAUUUCAAUCAAUUUCUGGCACAAAAGACUUGCAAAUGGUUAACCUAACUCUGCGGGUGCUUUCACGCCCCGAGGUGACCAGACUGCCGUCGAUUUUCAAAACUUUAGGAACCGAAUACGAAGAAAAAGUCCUUCCGUCAAUCGGAAACGAGGUUUUGAAAGCCGUUGUGGCUCAAUUCAAUGCUGAUCAGUUGUUAACUGAACGUCCGCAAGUUUCGGCGUUAGUUAAGGAUAGUUUGGUCCGUAGGGCUAAGGAUUUCAACAUAAUGCUUGAUGACGUGGCGAUUACGCAUUUGUCGUAUGGACACGAGUUUUCAAAGGCGGUUGAGCAGAAACAGGUGGCUCAACAGGAGGCUGAGAGGUCAAAGUUUGUUGUGGCCAAGGCUGAGCAGGAGAGGAGGGCGGCGAUUAUUAGGGCGGAAGGUGAGAGUGAGAGUGCUAAGUUGAUUUCUGAUGCUACUGCUGCUGCGGGUAUGGGGUUGAUUGAGUUGAGGAGGAUUGAAGCGAGUCGCGAGAUUUCGUCUACUUUGGCUAGGAGUGGGAAUGUUACUUAUUUGCCUGGAAGUGGGAGUCAGAUGCUUCUUGGCCUUAAUGCUUCUCGUUAAAUAAAAGGGUUGGUUGGUGGUUCGUUAGUUGAAGACCAGUUGUGGAUCUGUCCUCAUCAUUUUAGCUUAUAUUGCUUAAUGCAAGUUGGAUAAACUUAGACUUUUAUGUGUAGUAUUUUGAGAGAAUAACUCUUUACCUACUUUUCUGAGUUGGCAUUACUUAUAUGAGUUAGUAUUUUGGCUAUUAAGUACUUGGUGAAUCGUAUUGCAAUUCAUGUCUAGUUUCAUGUUUGCAAGUCGAAUUGAUACCAAAAACCUCUAUAAUGCAACUCAAUUUUAUAAUUCUUCU